AUGCCUCCUGAAAUGCCCAAUUUUAACCCCAUCAACACUCAAGGCCAACCGCAUCAACCCUUCUCCGGAAAUUUCCAUAACGGAGGAUAUGGCCCUCAAGGUAUUCCAUUUCCUGCUCCAGAUCCGCCGCAGCCGGUAUUUCUACCAUCGCCUAUGCAAGCUUCGUUCCCUCCACAGCUCCCAAUGCCGAAUUACCAAGUUCCUGGGCUGCCACUUAGCGGUUAUGAACUCUUGGUAGCAAGGUUGACGGGUAACAUGACGGGAAAGAAACUUGCACCCAUAUAUCGUCGAUUCGAAGGCCUCCAUCACCGGCUACUGCUAUCGAUGCAAGAUGAGCUCAUGGAGAUGGAAGAACAGCUACGCAAUCUUGAUGCAGCAGAUACCCAGCUCCGGAAACACCAUGGAGGGAUACACCCAGCAUCCCGGCGACUAGAGAGCAAUAGCUCAACGGACACUAUCUGGAGGAGGAAGGAGCUGAUCAAAAACAUUGCUGGAAAACUAUACCAAUAUAAUCAGGUCAUCACCUCAUUCAACGCUACUUACGGCUUACCAGAGCCAAACCUUCAAGAAGUCCUCGCCUAUCAAUCUUACCUCAGAGAUUUCAAUCCUAUAGUAGAGGGUGAGUCCCAGUACCUAGACUUUGCAGGCGACCUCGUCCAUCUGGGACGGCGCAAACGGCGGCCGAACGGCAAUCCUCCAGACGAACCGGCCAGCCCGAUAUCUCAAUUCGCCAGCGUGCUUGGGUUUUCUCCUCCGCCUAGCAGUCAAAUCUCCAACGCCAGCAGCUCGAUCCAUCCGGCAGAAGGCAAUUCAAAGCUGGCUCUGAAUCGCCUUGCUAUAGCUCUAGCCGUAAUCGUGCUUGCGCCAAUAGUCAGCUUCGCCGUGAUCCCUGGUUUUGUCGGCCGUAUGACGGUCGUCUUCCUGGUGGGUCUUGGGAGUGCUGCUGCGUUGUUUCAGUCUGGACUGCUUAGGUCUGUGGCGGAGACUCGCAGUAUGACGGAUUGGUUGCUUUGCGUGGGAGUUUAUGGGGCGGCAAUGGCUAUAAUUGCUGGUAUCAUUUGA